GGCCUGAAGAUGCGUCGCCAGAGGAGCACGGGCGACAUCCAGACGGGGCGCGCGUCCGGAUCCAUUCGCUCGACCGGGUCUUCGGCGUCGUGGAUGUCGACGGACUCCGGCCAGUCGGCGUACACAGUAGGAGACGUUCCGGAUGAGGGUUCCAACGCCUCCUUCAUCAUCGAGGUAGGGUUGCAGGACGAACAGCUGGACGCGAGUGUGGUGGAGAACUACAUGGGCGAGUGGAAAAACGACAAACGAUGCGGCUUCGGCGUCUCCGACCGCACCGACGGACUCAAAUACGAGGGCGAGUGGUACAACAACAAGAAAUACGGAUACGGCGUGACUACGUUUAAGGACGGCACCAAGGAAGAGGGCAAAUACAAGAACAACGUGCUCAUCACCUCCAACAAGAAGAAACACGUUUUCCUCAUCCGCUCCGCCAAGUUUCGCGAGCGGAUCGAGGCGGCGGUGGCGGCGGCGCAGAAGGCGGCCAAGAUCGCCAUGCAGAAGGAGGACAUCGCUAUCUCUCGGACCGCUACUGCCCGCGGAAAGGCCGAGCAGGCAGACAUGUACGCCGUGCACGCAAGAGAGGACUCCGAUAUUGCAAGAAUCUUCGCCAAACAGUUUGCACCAGAUUUCCACCAGCCAGGAGUCGCGGCGCAGGAGGCGGCGGGCUCGCGACGCACGUCCAUGAACCCGGGCGGCGGCGGGAUGCUGCCCGACGCAUCGCAGAUGAGCCGCGGCGACUCGCUCAUGCGCGGGAACACGCCCAUGCGGCAGAGUGCCCGCGGCGGCUCCAAGCCCCCGGCGGCGCCUGACUUCAGCUCCAUCCCCAGCGCCACCCUCAACGAUCGCUUCAGCCACUACAACAGACCGCCGUCGCGUCCGCCGUCGCGCGACCGCUCCGUGGACCGCUUCGCGUCGCGCGGCCAGACGCCCGUGCCGCCCGAGCUGAUCAACCCGCGGUCGCGCGCGCCGUCCGCGCAGCGCUCGACUGCGCAGGACUGGACGCCGGACUCGGGCGUGUACGACGACGAGGCGGCGGCGCCCGCGGGCGGCUCCCGGCGGCCGUCGCGCCCCGCCUCCAUUAUCUCGGGCGAGGCGCCGGCGCUCACCGGUAACGGCUCGGUGGGCGGUGGCUUCCCCGUGCCCUACACCAUCCCCUCGAGCCCGCAGGAGGCCGAGAGCCUUCUGCGCAGGCGCGCGUGCGGCCAGGAGAUCCCGCCGUGCCCGCCCACGCCCGGCCAGGGCACCGUCAAGCGCACAGAGUCGCUCUACAUCAACCCCAUCGUGCGGCGUCAGGCGCAGGUUAAGACGGCGCCGGCGCCCGCGUUGAAGCGCAAGAAGUCGCUGCCGGAGGUGCAGGGGCUGCCCGUGAACAUCAUGUCGCGCGAGGAGGCCGCGGUGCUCAGCUCCGCCCAGAGGCACGAGUUCCGCCGCCAGGCCGAGGAGGCCGAGCUGUACCGCGCCAACCCGCUCCUCUACCUCACCAGUCCUGCCGUUCAGGACUGGUUCUCCCGGCAGCGGCUGGUUAUGCUCAUCCUCUUCCUCAAUCUGUCGCUGGCCUUGAUGUUCUUCAAGCUCCUCUCGUAGCAGCCAGCGAGGUCGCGGGUUCUCGAGGCUGCCGCCCUCGCCGCCGCCGCCGCCGCCACGUGAGAGCCUCGCUUGCCGCAGCCCCACUCUCAGGGAGUGCCAGAAGCAGCAACAGCAGCAGUACCACCAGCAGCCCUAGGCGUCCCUGCGUGUCGGCCGCCGCCCGUGCCUUCCUCAGCAGACCACGCCUGCUACUCGCCUGCUCACGUGUGCUGUCAGAAUCUUUAUUUUGUUAUGGUUCGUGACGCGUUCUGCCGCCCAUGUGUGAGCCGUCCCUUUUUGUACCGCCGCCGCUGCCGCCGCCGCCACCGCCGCUGCCGCCGCCGCCGCCGCCGCCGCUGCCGCCGCCGUAGCUGAUGUCCUCAGUGGGCGGCGUAAGAGCUCACGUCGCGCCCGACUGCCCUUGCCCUGCGCGGCCCGGGGGCUGGGGAGGGGAGGGGGAAGGCGAAAGGAGAGGAGGAGAAGGAGAAGAAGGGAAGAGAAAGAGAGAAAAACCCAAGAGUGAGAAGAGAAAACGAGAAUCGGAAGAAAACGAAGAAGCCGGCCCUUCGAAUCCACGGAAGAAAAAGAAGAAGAAGAAGAAGAAAAAGGAGGAGGAGGAGGAGGAUCGAGUGAGUUUUGAUAAAAACAAGGAUUUGGAAUAAAUUAAGAGAGAGAGAGAAAAAAAAAAAAGAGAGAAAAGAAUAAUGAUAAUGCGUAUAUAUUCUGAAACGGUGACUGAAUGAGCUCUUUGUCCCUUGUGGAGUGUUUUGGCUGUGCCUCAUUUCCCGUGUCACGUGACCUCAAACUCACACAGCCGGGGCGAAACCUGUAAAUUGCUUCUCGUUUACUACUUAACCCAUUGACGCGGUCUCCACAGGCCCGAGCGGUUCGCGAACUGAAAGAAAAAAAUUAUGAAAAGGAAGAAAGAUUUAAAAGAAAUUAAGGAAAAGAAAAUAUACAUAUAUGCCCCGGUUUACACUCGCUAAUCUUGCAUAAUAGGCACUAGUUUUUUUUUCUUUUUUUUUUUUCAUAUCCACCUAAUGUACUCUUUGUGAAGUUUAGUACGGCAUUGUAUUCUUUGUAAUUUCUAGUACUGGUUGAAUGGUUUUUGUUGUUUUUUUCCAAGAAGAGGAAUAAGAGUGUAUUAAUAUUACGAUUUUACUGGUUGCCUCUCGUGUGGCAGAGGUCAUAUUGACUUUUGCGCCGAGGGAAUAUUUGUACAGUGAAAGAACCAUUUGUACUUUAAAAAAAAAAAAAAAAAGAAGAAACAUAUGCGUCUCCCCUCUCCUUUUUUUUUUUUUUUUAAACGGAAGGGAGACCAUAGAUACUCACAUGCAAGAGGAGGGGUAUUAUGAUUAUGUAAUUCUUGUGUUUUCUCUCUCUGUUUUGUAUAUGAACAGAACAAGUGUCAGUGUUUGGCUUAUGAGGAGAAAGCGGGGCGCGGGAAUGGAUUUUUCUCGUGUAUCCCGUUUUCUGUUUAUUAUUAUUAUCUUUUUUUUUUUCUUUUUUUUUUUUUUUUUUGCCUUUUGAUUAGCUCAAAUUUGUAAUUUCAUUGUCACUGAUGAUGCUGAUGUGCAUAGUGUAUGAAUUCUCUCUUUUGUAUAAUAUUUUUUUGUCUUUUAAUCUUGUUUCUUUUUGUAACAAUAGUAAUGCGUAUCAUGCCGGCACCCCCUGGGACGCUCCUGGUGGCGCCCUGCUGGUACUUGCCGGCAUUUGCCAACAGUCGCCAGCGCCCCACCAGCAGCCUCCCACGCCGGCAUGACCAAGACUGUUGUAUUAUAAUCACUUGCAAAAGAAGGACACUUUUUUGUGGUCUUGACACGUGCUAGAAAGCUAAAAUGCUUAGUCAGACACCAUGGUUUUAGUUCUCCAUAGGAAACUCUUUAGUAAUUCCUUUUUAUUUAUUUAUUUAAUCAUCCAUUUAUUUUUAUUCAUUUUGGCUAAUUUUUUGUAGUUUUAGUUGAGAAGUGUUGAUAAGAAGAAGGAUAACGUUGAAGCCUGGGCCGCGUCCCCGCAGGAGGAGGCGCUCGGCCCUGUGGUUGUGUUGCAGUUUUACUUGUGAUGUGUUCCUGCCACUCUGCACUUGCCGGUGCAUUCAACUAAAUCUUUGACACACACAACUUUGCAUUUCUUUUAUACUUUUUUGCUAGAACACAGGCAGCGUUUGAUAGCCUGCCACCACAGGGGCCCAGCCUAGCAACCUCGGGGAAGCGGGCCCUCAGCCUCCCGCCGGGGAGCACCUUCAGCUAGACCCGCGUCUGCCUCUGUUAUUCUUAGUGUUACGAUUACUUAUGACCGCCCUCCCUUCCCCGUUGUUCAAGGCCGCGUGUGAACCCUGACUCACAUUGGCGAAUCCUACCAGGUCGCGCUACGACUCGGGCCGAACACCCCUCCGGCUGCAGGUGCUUCCAGGUCGCAGUCCAGGCAGGUCCUUGCGCCGUUCCAGCCGCUGUUAGUUUGUGAGAUUCACUGGCGAAGAAAGAUAAAACGGAAAAUAAAACGGAGACCAUUCCUCUGCCGGCGAAAGUUCCUCAUGAGACGAUGACGAGUGCCUUCCUGCGUGAGGAUGAGGGCUUUCCCGGUUCUGAGAGGGAGAGGAUCGAGCCUUUAUAUAACUAGUUGUUCAUUCAUUCGUAUUUGUUGCGAGGCGCAUUCUUCACGACGCUAGAGACGGCCGUUCUUUUACGAAGGUCAUGGCCCUUCCUCCUGCUCGGAAAGAACACCCGGCAUUAGCGUGUCCUCUCCCCUCUUCCGGGUCGCGUUCCGGCGAUGGGGAACACGACGCUGAUCUAGUGCCUGGCGUUCCUUCCUGUGUCUUGGCACGGACCCUUCUUCCUUCCUUAUCUCUUAGACACGCGACUCCUCGUCCUCCUCGUCCUCCUGCUGGGCGCCCAAGGGAAGGUCCGCAGUAGCAGGACGAGCAGAGAGAGCGCUGAUUCCCUCGAACUAAAAAAAAAAGAAACGUAAAGCAAGAAAAACAGCUGACUGUGACUCGUGCGUGUGUGGGUGCGAUGUCGAUGUAUGUUGUCUUCGUCGAGCGGCGCGUGGCAGUUGCUGCGGAGCAUCACUUCAGACCUUAUUUUAGAAGAAUCUCGAGCAAACCAACCUUUUAUCUCGGUCUUCUAGUUGACAGCCGCUCCCCCCCCCCCCCCCCCUCUUCUCGCCUCGUCCUCCGGUCUCGCCAAAGUUGUUUCUUUUUUCAUCUUCCUUCGAGAACCGGAGGACACAGGAGGAGAGAGGGGGGUGGGGGGGGCAGAGGUGACAUCUAGUGGCCGAGAAUCGAACCAGACAUACCUUACAGUUCUCGCCGUCUCUCGAACCUCACGUAAGAGGGCGGUCGCGAUGGGUUUAAAAUCUUGCGAUGCGAGUCCCCGGGGUGGGGUGGGGGGGUGGGGGGGAGAGAGAGGAAUUCAGAACAAGAAAAAAGGAAAAGAAAAUAUAUAUCUAUUUUUUACUUUGGGAGACAGAAGAUAAAAAAUAAGUAAAUAAAAAUUUAUAAAUGGGGAGGAAUUCGGUUAAUUCGCCCUUUUAUUUGGACUUAUUGACUAAUUUGCAUUGUCUCCAAAUCAAUAAUAAAAUCAUGUAAAAUGCUAUAAUUGAAGGAAAGAAGAAUAAAAUAAAAUAACAAUAACCUCCAUCGUCAAAAUCAAUAUUAACUAUAAUGACAGAUUUUUAAAAAUUUUAUUUUGCCUCCCCAUUAUCAAAAAUCGCAAAAUAUUCAACUUACGAAAGAGAGGUAGAGAGACAGGGGAAGAGAAAAACAAAUGGAAAGAGAGAAAAGAAAGAACGACCUUCACUCAACCCCCCCCCCCCACCCCCAUCCUCAGAAGAGAAA